AUGGCCAGAUACAAACCUAACCAACAAAAUCACACAGAUCCUAAACAACAAAUUGUUUUACCGACUUAUAAAUUGGACUCUAAUUUAGUAUUAUUGCCGGGGAUAAUUUAUAAUGUCACAUUCUCCAGAUUCAAGGCAGCUACGUUACUAUCACGGUUCAAGAGUCAGGUUUCGAAUGUAUCGUUGAUAACUAACCUACUUAACGAAUAUGAUUUUGAUAGUAAGCAAGAAGAAAAAGACGAUGCUGAAUCUAAAUAUAUGCCACCCCCAAUUUCACAGGAUGCGGUAACGGGGAUCAAGAAGUUUUAUGAAUAUGAACAACAGUUCAAGGGUAAGAAUGAUGAUUCGAAUAAAGACGAAACGGAACCGCAGAGUGAAUUUGACUGGUUAGUGUUAGCAAUAAAUCCAAACUUGGAAAAGAUAAAGGAACCACAAACUUCAUCUGAUGAUGAAUAUGAGAAUAUAGUUACCAUUGCAAGGGUUAUUGGUAUGGUUGACGAUACCAGUAACAUUAAGCUAACUUUGCAAGCAUUAACUAGAGGUAUAAAACACAACAAGGUUAAACCAACUCAAUCAAAUGAAGUUUUGAUAGAUGUUGACUGGAAUUCUAAAAUUGAUGACGUAGCCAACCAGUAUGAUGUCUUGAAUUCUAAAGUCUUAAAGUUGUUUAAAUCCAUUGAUGGAUUUAUUGUUGAUUAUCGCCAGGCAUUAACAGUCGCGGCAUCAUUAGCAAAGAAAGGGAAGCAAUCCAAAGAUUUGAAACAGAAGGGUGAUUUAUUGACAUUAAAUCCUUUGGCCAACUCGCUUUAUUUACAUUUAGCCGCUUCAAAAGAUUUUACGAAAGCUUACAUUAGUUUACAAAAAUUAUUUGGGACUUUUAAUUCCUCGUCGAAUACAAAAAUCGACAAUAAGACAUUCUUAAGGUUAAUUGAUUUAACCUGUGCAAUUAUCCCAUUUCCAAACCAUGAGAAAUUGAAGUUGUUGAACAAGUUUAAUGCUAGUGAUAGAAUUAAUGAAGUUAAUAGGAUGCUUGAAUCUAUGAUUCAAGUAUUCCAUAAUUUGAAGGAGAAUAAUAAAAUUAUUAACCACUGGUUCUAUAAUGAAGCAACAAAUAUUCAAAGGGCUAAUGUGGUUGCAAGUCAAUUAAAGUCGAUUAGAUUAAUCUUAGAAGGAAUGACUAAUAAACCUGGUAAGGAUUCUAAAACAAAUCAAAGUCCGCCCCGCCAGCUAGUUCGUCGUGGUAACAACAACAAGCCUGCUAAACUGCCAAUGAGUGAUGAUGGAAACGAAAGUAACGAUGAAUACGAUGAUGAUGAGGAUGAUGAUGAUGAGGAUGAAUUAAAAGCUAUUACUAGUUUUAUUAAAGGCAAAUUGCCAAAUAUUAGCACUUUAUCAUCCGAUACAAAGAGGCUUAUUGUAAAGGACUUCAAAAGAAUUAAAUCAUCUCCACCAGGGAACUCAGAUUUCCAUGUAAUUCGUAAUUAUUUGGAAAUUGUUGCUGACAUUCCUUGGGAUAAAUAUGUUACAAGGUUUAAAUCUAACAAGGAUAUUGAUUUAGAAUUCGCUAAGAAGCAAUUAGAUAGUGACCAUUAUGGAUUACAACAUGUGAAGACAAGACUCAUUCAAUAUUUGGUAGUAUUGAAGCUUUUGGGAAUUAAUGCAGAGAAGGAAUUCGAAAAGAUAGAAUCAGAGAAUUCCAAAAGAUCAAAGAAAAAUGAAUCGUCUUCUGGAACUACGGGUAAGAAUGAUAAGGAACGGAGUGAGAAAACCUUUACCAGAUCUGAUGAUUCAAUAAUUAUUGCCAAUAACGAUGAGACAUCAGUUGCCCAUGAAACAGCAAGAAGUAAAAAUAAGAAGUCUAAGUCUUUAACAACAAUUGAGAAAAGUUCAUUAGAUAAGUCUCUUAUGGUUUCGAAAAAUAAUAAGUCUCCAAUUAUAAUGUUAGUGGGACCUCCAGGAACUGGUAAAACAUCAUUAGCCAAAUCUAUCGCGAAAUCAUUGGGCCGUAAUUUCCAGAGAGUUUCCUUAGGAGGUAUUAAGGAUGAAUCUGAAAUUAGAGGCCAUAGACGUACAUAUGUUGGUGCAAUGCCUGGGGUCAUUAUUCAAUCUUUAAGGAAGUCAAGAUCUAUGAAUCCAGUUAUUCUAUUAGAUGAAAUUGACAAGAUUAUUGGUGGUAACAAUGGAGUUAAUAAAUUUAAUGGAGAUCCAUCGGCUGCUUUAUUAGAAGUAUUGGAUCCCGAACAGAAUACAUCGUUUAUUGAUCAUUAUUUAGGAUUCCCAGUUGAUUUGUCUCAAGUUAUGUUUAUUUGUACUGCGAAUGAAGCAUCCAAUUUAUCUAGGCCUUUAUUAGACAGAUUAGAAAUGAUUGAGGUAGGGGCAUAUGAUUAUGACGAGAAGUUGGUUAUUGGAGAACGUUAUCUUUUACCAAGACAAAUAAAAAGAAAUGGUAUCCCUAAGGCUGAUUUGAUAGACGUUGAUAAGUCAGUUAUGCGGAAAGUUAUUCUUGAUUAUACAAGAGAAGCGGGGGUAAGAAAUUUGGAGAGAAGCUUAGGAAGAAUCUGCAGAUUCAAGGCAGUCGAAUACUCACAAAGUUUGGAGAAGUUGAGCGAGUAUCAACCUAAGGUUGAAAUUGAAGACUUACCUAAGUAUUUGGGUUUACCUUUUGCCAAUUUAUCUACCGAAUUAUUCGAAUCACCAAUCGAGUCGGCGAAAUGUGGGGUUGUGAACGGGUUGUCGUACAAUAGUGAUGGAUCAGGAUCUGUAUUGGUAUUCGAAAGUAUAGGAUUCAACCAUGAGGGAAAAUCGGGCUCAUCGUCCCUUAAUAUGACCGGUAGAUUAGGGGAUGUGUUGAUGGAAAGUGCAAAAAUCGGUUUGACGUUUAUCAAGCUGAUAAUCUACAAAAACUUGUUGAAUUUGAGUGACAGAAAUCUCAGUGAAAACCAAAUCGACAAGAUCAACAACAUGGAGAUACACUUGCAUGUGCCACUGGGUUCAAUCCAAAAAGAUGGUCCAUCGGCGGGGAUUACCAUGGCCUUACUGUUUUUGUCGUUGAUUUUGGAAAAACCCGUUCCUUUGGACGUAGCUAUGACCGGCGAAAUCACAUUGCGAGGCUUGGUGUUGCCUAUCGGUGGUAUCAAAGAAAAAAUAUUGGGUGCUCAUUUGAACGGUAUUAAGCGUGUCAUAGUCCCAAGAGAAAACCGUAAGGACUUGAUCGAGGAAUACUGCAGGUCCACUAAUGAUUUUAACCAAUUGAAUGACUUAUUGCUCGACAACGAAAACAAAUAUAACUUUAAAAGAUGCGAACCAGAGAAAUUCUGGUUCGAUAAGUACGGAAUCACUAUCCACUACGCCCGUGAAUUCUGGGAUGUUAUCAAGGCUGUAUGGGGUGAUGCUUUAUUAGUCAAAGUAGAGCAAGCAAGAAUGGUUGAGUACCACUUGUAA